AUGAUUGAGUGGAUAGCUUUUUACUUGAAAAGUCAAUAUUCGGAUUAUCGAAUGUGCGAAAUGGCCAAAAUUAAUGUUACAAGAGUAGUGGCCCACCUGCAGGAUGGCGUCGUGUCGGUGGUCGCGCGGCGGCGCGGCGCCGAGCGCGGCGUGCGCGUGGCGCCGGCCCCGCGCGUCCGGCACCAGCCGCCGCCGCCGCCGCGCGUCGUCCUCCCACGAGUCCAGCUUCCAGAACUGGCUCACGCUUCUGAGCGAUCAAAACCAUACCUGUACACUCACCCGUGGUGCGGCGCGGCGUGGUCGGCGGAGUGGUGCAGCUUGUCGAGCAGGCGCGCGGCGCGGCGCGGUCGCUCCCCUGUACCGUACAGUGUACACUCACCCGUGGUGCGGCGCGGCGCGGUCGCUCCCCUGUACCGUACAGUGUACACUCACCCGUGGUGCGGCGCGGCGCGGUCGCUCCCCUGUACCGUACAGUGUACACUCACCCGUGGUGCGGCGCGGCGCGGUCGCUCCCCUGUACCGUACAGUGUACACUCACCCGUGGUGCGGCGCGGCGCGGUCGCUCCCCUGUACCGUACAGUGUACACUCACCCGUGGUGCGGCGCGGCGCGGUCGCUCCCCUGUACCGUACAGUGUACACUCACCCGUGGUGCGGCGCGGCGCGGUCGCUCCCCUGUACCGUACAGUGUACACUCACCCGUGGUGCGGCGCGGCGCGGUCGCUCCCCUGUACCGUACAGUGUACACUCACCCGUGGUGCGGCGCGGCGUGGUCGGCGGAGUGGUGCAGCUUGUCGAGCAGGCGCGCGGCGCGGCGCGGUCGCUCCCCUGUACCGUACAGUGUACACUCACCCGUGGUGCGGCGCGGCGUGGUCGGCGGAGUGGUGCAGCUUGUCGAGCAGGCGCGCGGCGCGGCGCGGUCGCUCCCCUGUACCGUACAGUGUACACUCACCCGUGGUGCGGCGCGGCGCGGUCGCUCCCCUGUACCGUACAGUGUACACUCACCCGUGGUGCGGCGCGGCGCGGUCGCUCCCCUGUACCGUACAGUGUACACUCACCCGUGGUGCGGCGCGGCGCGGUCGCUCCCCUGUACCGUACAGUGUACACUCACCCGUGGUGCGGCGCGGCGCGGUCGCUCCCCUGUACCGUACAGUGUACACUCACCCGUGGUGCGGCGCGGCGCGGUCGCUCCCCUGUACCGUACAGUGUACACUCACCCGUGGUGCGGCGCGGCGCGGUCGCUCCCCUGUACCGUACAGUGUACACUCACCCGUGGUGCGGCGCGGCGCGGUCGCUCCCCUGUACCGUACAGUGUACACUCACCCGUGGUGCGGCGCGGCGUGGUCGGCGGAGUGGUGCAGCUUGUCGAGCAGGCGCGCGGCGCGGCGCGGUCGCUCCCCUGUACCGUACAGUGUACACUCACCCGUGGUGCGGCGCGGCGUGGUCGGCGGAGUGGUGCAGCUUGUCGAGCAGGCGCGCGGCGCGGCGCGGUCGCUCCCCUGUACCGUACAGUGUACACUCACCCGUGGUGCGGCGCGGCGCGGUCGCUCCCCUGUACCGUACAGUGUACACUCACCCGUGGUGCGGCGCGGCGCGGUCGCUCCCCUGUACCGUACAGUGUACACUCACCCGUGGUGCGGCGCGGCGCGGUCGCUCCCCUGUACCGUACAGUGUACACUCACCCGUGGUGCGGCGCGGCGCGGUCGCUCCCCUGUACCGUACAGUGUACACUCACCCGUGGUGCGGCGCGGCGCGGUCGCUCCCCUGUACCGUACAGUGUACACUCACCCGUGGUGCGGCGCGGCGUGGUCGGCGGAGUGGUGCAGCUUGUCGAGCAGGCGCGCGGCGCGGCGCGGUCGCUCCCCUGUACCGUACAGUGUACACUCACCCGUGGUGCGGCGCGGCGCGGUCGCUCCCCUGUACCGUACAGUGUACACUCACCCGUGGUGCGGCGCGGCGUGGUCGGCGGAGUGGUGCAGCUUGUCGAGCAGGCGCGCGGCGCGGCGCGGUCGCUCCCCUGUACCGUACAGUGUACACUCACCCGUGGUGCGGCGCGGCGCGGUCGCUCCCCUGUACCGUACAGUGUACACUCACCCGUGGUGCGGCGCGGCGCGGUCGCUCCCCUGUACCGUACAGUGUACACUCACCCGUGGUGCGGCGCGGCGUGGUCGGCGGAGUGGUGCAGCUUGUCGAGCAGGCGCGCGGCGCGGCGCGGUCGCUCCCCUGUACCGUACAGUGUACACUCACCCGUGGUGCGGCGCGGCGCGGUCGCUCCCCUGUACCGUACAGUGUACACUCACCCGUGGUGCGGCGCGGCGCGGUCGCUCCCCUGUACCGUACAGUGUACACUCACCCGUGGUGCGGCGCGGCGUGGUCGGCGGAGUGGUGCAGCUUGUCGAGCAGGCGCGCGGCGCGGCGCGGUCGCUCCCCUGUACCGUACAGUGUACACUCACCCGUGGUGCGGCGCGGCGCGGUCGCUCCCCUGUACCGUACAGUGUACACUCACCCGUGGUGCGGCGCGGCGCGGUCGCUCCCCUGUACCGUACAGUGUACACUCACCCGUGGUGCGGCGCGGCGCGGUCGCUCCCCUGUACCGUACAGUGUACACUCACCCGUGGUGCGGCGCGGCGUGGUCGGCGGAGUGGUGCAGCUUGUCGAGCAGGCGCGCGGCGCGGCGCGGUCGCUCCCCUGUACCGUACAGUGUACACUCACCCGUGGUGCGGCGCGGCGCGGUCGCUCCCCUGUACCGUACAGUGUACACUCACCCGUGGUGCGGCGCGGCGCGGUCGCUCCCCUGUACCGUACAGUGUACACUCACCCGUGGUGCGGCGCGGCGCGGUCGCUCCCCUGUACCGUACAGUGUACACUCACCCGUGGUGCGGCGCGGCGUGGUCGGCGGAGUGGUGCAGCUUGUCGAGCAGGCGCGCGGCGCGGCGCGGUCGCUCCCCUGUACCGUACAGUGUACACUCACCCGUGGUGCGGCGCGGCGCGGUCGCUCCCCUGUACCGUACAGUGUACACUCACCCGUGGUGCGGCGCGGCGCGGUCGCUCCCCUGUACCGUACAGUGUACACUCACCCGUGGUGCGGCGCGGCGUGGUCGGCGGAGUGGUGCAGCUUGUCGAGCAGGCGCGCGGCGCGGCGCGGUCGCUCCCCUGUACCGUACAGUGUACACUCACCCGUGGUGCGGUGCGGCGCGGUCGCUCCCCUGUACCGUACAGUGUACACUCACCCGUGGUGCGGCGCGGCGUGGUCGGCGGAGUGGUGCAGCUUGUCGAGCAGGCGCGCGGCGCGGCGCGGUCGCUCCCCUGUACCGUACAGUGUACACUCACCCGUGGUGCGGCGCGGCGUGGUCGGCGGAGUGGUGCAGCUUGUCGAGCAGGCGCGCGGCGCGGCGCGGUCGCUCCCCUGUACCGUACAGUGUACACUCACCCGUGGUGCGGCGCGGCGUGGUCGGCGGAGUGGUGCAGCUUGUCGAGCAGGCGCGCGGCGCGGCGCGGUCGCUCCCCUGUACCGUACAGUGUACACUCACCCGUGGUGCGGCGCGGCGCGGUCGCUCCCUCUGUACCGUACAGUGUACACUCACCCGUGGUGCGGCGCGGCGUGGUCGGCGGAGUGGUGCAGCUUGUCGAGCAGGCGCGCGGCGCGGCGCGGUCGCUCCCCUGUACGGUACAGUGUACACUCACCCGUGGUGCGGCGCGGCGUGGUCGGCGGAGUGGUGCAGCUUGUCGAGCAGGCGCGCGGCGCGGCGCGGUCGCUCCCCUGUACCGUACAGUGUACACUCACCCGUGGUGCGGCGCGGCGUGGUCGGCGGAGUGGUGCAGCUUGUCGAGCAGGCGCGCGGCGCGGCGCGGUCGCUCCCCUGUACCGUACAGUGUACACUCACCCGUGGUGCGGCGCGGCGUGGUCGGCGGAGUGGUGCAGCUUGUCGAGCAGGCGCGCGGCGCGGCGCGGUCGCUCCCCUGUACCGUACAGUGUACACUCACCCGUGGUGCGGCGCGGCGCGGUCGGCGGAGUGGUGCAGCUUGUCGAGCAGGCGCGCGGCGCGGCGCGGUCGCUCCCCUGUACCGUACAGUGUACACUCACCCGUGGUGCGGCGCGGCGCGGUCGCUCCCCUGUACCGUACAGUGUACACUCACCCGUGGUGAGGCGCGGCGCGGUCGCUCCCCUGUACCGUACAGUGUACACUCACCCGUGGUGCGGCGCGGCGCGGUCGCUCCCCUGUACCGUACAGUGUACACUCACCCGUGGUGCGGCGCGGCGUGGUCGGCGGAGUGGUGCAGCUUGUCGAGCAGGCGCGCGGCGCGGCGCGGUCGCUCCCCUGUACCGUACAGUGUACACUCACCCGUGGUGCGGCGCGGCGCGGUCGCUCCCCUGUACCGUACAGUGUACACUCACCCGUGGUGCGGCGCGGCGCGGUCGCUCCCCUGUACCGUACAGUGUACACUCACCCGUGGUGCGGCGCGGCGUGGUCGGCGGAGUGGUGCAGCUUGUCGAGCAGGCGCGCGGCGCGGCGCGGUCGCUCCCCUGUACCGUACAGUGUACACUCACCCGUGGUGCGGCGCGGCGUGGUCGGCGGAGUGGUGCAGCUUGUCGAGCAGGCGCGCGGCGCGGCGCGGUCGCUCCCCUGUACCGUACAGUGUACACUCACCCGUGGUGCGGCGCGGCGCGGUCGCUCCCCUGUACCGUACAGUGUACACUCACCCGUGGUGCGGCGCGGCGUGGUCGGCGGAGUGGUGCAGCUUGUCGAGCAGGCGCGCGGCGCGGCGCGGUCGCUCCCCUGUACCGUACAGUGUACACUCACCCGUGGUGCGGCGCGGCGCGGUCGCUCCCCUGUACCGUACAGUGUACACUCACCCGUGGUGCGGCGCGGCGCGGUCGCUCCCCUGUACCGUACAGUGUACACUCACCCGUGGUGCGGCGCGGCGCGGUCGCUCCCCUGUACCGUACAGUGUACACUCACCCGUGGUGCGGCGCGGCGCGGUCGCUCCCCUGUACCGUACAGUGUACACUCACCCGUGGUGCGGCGCGGCGCGGUCGCUCCCCUGUACCGUACAGUGUACACUCACCCGUGGUGCGGCGCGGCGUGGUCGGCGGCGUGGUGCAGCUAGUCGAGCAGGCGCGCGGCGCGGCGCGGUCGCUCCCCUGUACCGUACAGUGUACACUCACCCGUGGUGCGGCGCGGCGUGGUCGGCGGAGUGGUGCAGCUUGUCGAGCAGGCGCGCGGCGCGGCGCGGUCGCUCCGCUGUACCGUACAGUGUGCACUCACCCGUGGUGCGGCGCGGCGCGGUCGCUCCCCUGUACCGUACAGUGUACACUCACCCGUGGUGCGGCGCGGCGCGGUCGCUCCCCUGUACCGUACAGUGUACACUCACCCGUGGUGCGGCGCGGCGUGGUCGGCGGAGUGGUGCAGCUUGUCGAGCAGGCGCGCGGCGCGGCGCGGUCGCUCCCCUGUACCGUACAGUGUACACUCACCCGUGGUGCGGCGCGGCGCGGUCGCUCCCCUGUACCGUACAGUGUACACUCACCCGUGGUGCGGUGCGGCGUGGUCGGCGGAGUGGUGCAGCUUGUCGAGCAGGCGCGCGGCGCGGCGCGGUCGCUCCCCUGUACCGUACAGUGUACACUCACCCGUGGUGCGGCGCGGCGCGGUCGCUCCCCUGUACCGUACAGUGUACACUCACCCGUGGUGCGGCGCGGCGCGGUCGCUCCCCUGUACCGUACAGUGUACACUCACCCGUGGUGCGGCGCGGCGCGGUCGCUCCCCUGUACCGUACAGUGUACACUCACCCGUGGUGCGGCGCGGCGUGGUCGGCGGAGUGGUGCAGCUUGUCGAGCAGGCGCGCGGCGCGGCGCGGUCGCUCCCCUGUACCGUACAGUGUACACUCACCCGUGGUGCGGCGCGGCGCGGUCGCUCCCCUGUACCGUACAGUGUACACUCACCCGUGGUGCGGCGCGGCGCGGUCGCUCCCCUGUACCGUACAGUGUACACUCACCCGUGGUGCGGCGCGGCGUGGUCGGCGGAGUGGUGCAGCUUGUCGAGCAGGCGCGCGGCGCGGCGCGGUCGCUCCCCUGUACCGUACAGUGUACACUCACCCGUGGUGCGGCGCGGCGCGGUCGGCGGAGUGGUGCAGCUUGUCGAGCAGGCGCGCGGCGCGGCGCGGUCGCUCCCCUGUACCGUACAGUGUACACUCACCCGUGGUGCGGCGCGGCGUGGUCGGCGGAGUGGUGCAGCUUGUCGAGCAGGCGCGCGGCGCGGCGCGGUCGCUCCCCUGUACCUUACAGUGUACACUCACCCGUGGUGCGGCGCGGCGCGGUCGCUCCCCUGUACCGUACAGUGUACACUCACCCGUGGUGCGGCGCGGCGCGGUCGCUCCCCUGUACCGUACAGUGUACACUCACCCGUGGUGCGGCGCGGCGCGGUCGCUCCCCUGUACCGUACAGUGUACACUCACCCGUGGUGCGGCGCGGCGCGGUCGCUCCCCUGUACCGUACAGUGUACACUCACCCGUGGUGCGGCGCGGCGCGGUCGCUCCCCUGUACCGUACAGUGUACACUCACCCGUGGUGCGGCGCGGCGCGGUCGCUCCCCUGUACCGUACAGUGUACACUCACCCGUGGUGCGGCGCGGCGUGGUCGGCGGAGUGGUGCAGCUUGUCGAGCAGGCGCGCGGCGCGGCGCGGUCGCUCCCCUGUACCGUACAGUGUACACUCACCCGUGGUGCGGCGCGGCGCGGUCGCUCCCCUGUACCGUACAGUGUACACUCACCCGUGGUGCGGCGCGGCGCGGUCGCUCCCCUGUACCGUACAGUGUACACUCACCCGUGGUGCGGCGCGGCGCGGUCGCUCCCCUGUACCGUACAGUGUACACUCACCCGUGGUGCGGCGCGGCGUGGUCGGCGGAGUGGUGCAGCUUGUCGAGCAGGCGCGCGGCGCGGCGCGGUCGCUCCCCUGUACCGUACAGUGUACACUCACCCGUGGUGCGGCGCGGCGCGGUCGCUCCCCUGUACCGUACAGUGUACACUCACCCGUGGUGCGGCGCGGCGCGGUCGCUCCCCUGUACCGUACAGUGUACACUCACCCGUGGUGCGGCGCGGCGCGGUCGCUCCCCUGUACCGUACAGUGUACACUCACCCGUGGUGCGGCGCGGCGUGGUCGGCGGAGUGGUGCAGCUUGUCGAGCAGGCGCGCGGCGCGGCGCGGUCGCUCCCCUGUACCGUACAGUGUACACUCACCCGUGGUGCGGCGCGGCGUGGUCGGCGGAGUGGUGCAGCUUGUCGAGCAGGCGCGCGGCGCGGCGCGGUCGCUCCCCUGUACCGUACAGUGUACACUCACCCGUGGUGCGGCGCGGCGCGGUCGCUCCCCUGUACCGUACAGUGUACACUCACCCGUGGUGCGGCGCGGCGUGGUCGGCGGAGUGGUGCAGCUUGUCGAGCAGGCGCGCGGCGCGGCGCGGUCGCUCCCCUGUACCGUACAGUGUACACUCACCCGUGGUGCGGCGCGGCGUGGUCGGCGGCGUGGUGCAGCUUGUCGAGCAGGCGCGCGGCGCGGCGCGGUCGCUCCCCUGUACCGUACAGUGUACACUCACCCGUGGUGCGGCGCGGCGCGGUCGCUCCCCUGUACCGUACAGUGUACACUCACCCGUGGUGCGGCGCGGCGCGGUCGCUCCCCUGUACCGUACAGUGUACACUCACCCGUGGUGCGGCGCGGCGUGGUCGGCGGAGUGGCGCAGCUUGUCGAGCAGGCGCGCGGCGCGGCGCGGUCGCUCCCCUGUACCGUACAGUGUACACUCACCCGUGGUGCGGCGCGGCGCGGUCGCUCCCCUGUACCGUACAGUGUACACUCACCCGUGGUGCGGCGCGGCGUGGUCGGCGGAGUGGUGCAGCUUGUCGAGCAGGCGCGCGGCGCGGCGCGGUCGCUCCCCUGUACCGUACAGUGUACACUCACCCGUGGUGCGGCGCGGCGUGGGCGGCGGAGCGGUGCAGCUUGUCGAGCAGGCGCGCGGCGCGGCGCGGUCGCUCCCCUGUACCGUACAGUGUACACUCACCCGUGGUGCGGCGCGGCGUGGUCGGCGGAGUGGUGCAGCUUGUCGAGCAGGCGCGCGGCGCGGCGCGGUCGCUCCCCUGUACCGUACAGUGUACACUCACCCGUGGUGCGGCGCGGCGCGGUCGCUCCCCUGUACCGUACAGUGUACACUCACCCGUGGUGCGGCGCGGCGUGGUCGGCGGAGUGGUGCAGCUUGUCGAGCAGGCGCGCGGCGCGGCGCGGUCGCUCCCCUGUACCGUACAGUGUACACUCACCCGUGGUGCGGCGCGGCGCGGUCGCUCCCCUGUACCGUACAGUGUACACUCACCCGUGGUGCGGCGCGGCGUGGUCGGCGGAGUGGUGCAGCUUGUCGAGCAGGCGCGCGGCGCGGCGCGGUCGCUCCCCUGUACCGUACAGUGUACACUCACCCGUGGUGCGGCGCGGCGUGGUCGGCGGAGUGGUGCAGCUUGUCGAGCAGGCGCGCGGCGCGGCGCGGUCGCUCCCCUGUACCGUACAGUGUACACUCACCCGUGGUGCGGCGCGGCGUGGUCGGCGGAGUGGUGCAGCUUGUCGAGCAGGCGCGCGGCGCGGCGCGGUCGCUCCCCUGUACCGUACAGUGUACACUCACCCGUGGUGCGGCGCGGCGUGGUCGGCGGAGUGGUGCAGCUUGUCGAGCAGGCGCGCGGCGCGGCGCGGUCGCUCCCCUGUACCGUACAGUGUACACUCACCCGUGGUGCGGCGCGGCGUGGUCGGCGGAGUGGUGCAGCUUGUCGAGCAGGCGCGCGGCGCGGCGCGGUCGCUCCCCUGUACCGUACAGUGUACACUCACCCGUGGUGCGGCGCGGCGUGGUCGGCGGCGCGGUGCAGCUUGUCGAGCAGGCGCGCGGCGCGGCGCGGUCGCUCCCCUGUACCGUACAGUGUACACUCACCCGUGGUGCGGCGCGGCGCGGUCGGCGGAGUGGUGCAGCUUGUCGAGCAGGCGCGCGGCGCGGCGCGGUCGCUCCCCUGUACCGUACAGUGUACACUCACCCGUGGUGCGGCGCGGCGUGGUCGGCGGAGUGGUGCAGCUUGUCGAGCAGGCGCGCGGCGGCGGCGUGGUCGCGGCGGCGCGCGGCGGCGAUGAGGCGCUCGCAGGUGCGCUCCUCCUCCCCGCGCUCCGCGCCGCUCGACGCGCACAGGCACUGCGGACACACCCCAUGUUAUACCUCCUCAUAUCGCCUCGCCGAGUACUAUAUGUUCAAGGGUUUUCUAUGACUGGAUUCUAG